AUGUCAUCUUGGUUUUCCUCAAUUUUCAAUGAUAAUCCUUUACCCCAACCCUCUUCCCCCACAACUCCCUCCGCCGGCGUUAAGGAAGACCUUUCCACCCUCUUUCGCUACGUCAUUGCCUUUCUUGCACCUCCACCGGCCCCCGACUCGAACAUGAUUUCGGGUGUCAGGAAUGACUUGGAGGAACUACCUCUUUCGCCACUGCCGCCCAACUUGGAUAUGAUUUCCGGAAUAAAGAAUGACUUGGCGAAAAUUCAGGGUACUUUGAAAUUGGGACUCUCUUUACUCUCCUCGAAAUUCACUUCCAAUUUGUUGCAGUAUUCGAGAGAAAAAAAAAAGGAUAGUAAUGAUGACAAUGAUUUGGAGGAGGAUGGUGCAGUGGGAGUUACCGAGGAAGUUGUGGAUUUUGUUAAAAAAUUUCAUCAUGGCCUACGCUUUGGACUUAUUUUCCUAUCUCUCUUCCUGAUGGUAAUUAAUUAA